CAAACAACCCCUCUUAAUUUUCCUCCACCAUUUAAACCCCUUAGCCAUAUAUUUUUCUCUUGUGAGAAAUAUUAUUUCCUCUCAAAUUUUCAUGCUUCUUUUAACAUCAUCAAUCCCAAACCCAAAUCCUUCUAUACUAAAACCUUCAAAUUAAAGGUUUUAUUUUAGAUCAUUGUCUUUGUUAUUUGAUCUAAGAAAUGGACCCCGUAGAGCUAAAUAGAAUAUUCCAAAUGUUUGAUCGUAAUGGAGAUGGAACGAUAACGAAAAAAGAGCUCAACGACUCGUUACAAAGCUUGGGAAUACACAUUGAGGAUCAAGAACUUGAUCAUAUGAUUGAAAAAAUAGACGUAAAUGGAGAUGGAUAUAUCGAUGUAGAUGAAUUCGGGACAUUGUAUAAGUCAAUCAUGGACGACAAGGACGAAGAGGAGGAUAUGAGAGAAGCGUUCAACGUGUUUGAUCAAAAUGGCGAUGGAUAUAUAACCGUGGAAGAACUAAGGUCCGUUUUGGGAUCAUUAGGGUUGAAACAAGGUAAAACUUUGGAAGAUUGUAAGAGAAUGAUCAUGAAAGUCGACGUGGAUGGUGAUGGAAUGGUUGAUUUUAAAGAAUUUAGACAAAUGAUGAAAGGGGGUGGAUUUUCAUUAACAUGAAAUUUAUUAGAUCAAAAAAAGAAAAGGGUAUAUACUUGUGUAUAUAUAUAUCCUUUUUUUGUAUGUGGCCCUUUGAAAGAAGCAAUACAUGUCAUAUUUCUUUAA